CGAACCUUGACCAGAACCAUAGACGCGUCGACCAACGACGAACGCGUCAUGUCUCUUCGUGGGCAUGCUACCGGCAGUAGGAGGUGGCAGCACUUCAUUUCCGCGCUCGAACUCGCGAUCCAGCGCUCCGCUCGGCGGUGGACCUCCGAAGACUUUGCAGAGUGCUUUCCAGAAUUUGUCGAAGAAGAUAAAGACCGUGCGAUGCGAAUCUACAAUCAAGUGGCGGAUUACAUCGAGAGUGAAAACCAGGCGCGCCCUCGGAAUUUCGAGGCCCUUUUCAAUGAAUACGAUUUACAAAACAAGAUAGACAUUCUGGAUAAGAUGGUGCGAGACGCCAAGACGAGGAAGGCUUCUGGGGACCUUGGUCCCGACGUCAGGUCAGAUGAAAUGCGACCUCAAUCUGCAGUAUAUGGCAGAACGGUUCCGAUAUUGCGGGCUGAAAUAGCGAGGAUGGAGGGCCAGAAUCUGGCUCUCGCUGACGACCUCCAGGCUGUGGUCAAAGAAGGGGACAUCCUGCAGAAACGGAUUGACGAUAUCCUGGACAAAGUUGAUGAGGCGCAUAAUGCGUGGGAAAGUGUUCCGAUGGAGGACGUCCAUGCAUGGACUUCUCAGGUGUCUGAAAAGACCAAACCGGUGUUGCGAUCUUAGUCUUGUUGUACAGCAUACGUCUUGUAUCCCUUUUUCUUUGGACUAUUCAUGUACUUGUGGAACUCAAGAAUUGUGAUAUUUUAAAGGGUCUCCAGUCG